AUGCGUGGCCCAGGUCCGAGGCGGGCGUGUUCUUCCAGGGAGAGGCUAGUGGUAACAGGCCGAGCUGGAUGGAUGGGUAUGGGGAGAGGGGCAGGACGUUCAGCCCUGGGAUUGUGGCCGACCCUCGCCGUCCUUCUCUGCAGCUUCCCCGCAGCCAUCACCCCCUGCAAGAUUCUCAAGUGCAACUCCGAGUUCUGGAGUGCCACGUCGGGCAGCCACGUCCCUGCGUCUGACGACGUGCCGGAGUUCUGUGCGGCCCUGCGCACCUACGCCCUGUGCACGCGGCGGACUGCCCGCACCUGCCGGGGUGACCUGGCUUACCACUCAGCUGUCCAUGGCAUAGAGGACCUCAUGAACCAGCACAACUGCUCCAAGGAUGGCCCCACCUCGCAGCCGCGCCUGCGCACGCUCCCACCAGCUGGGGACAGCCAGGAGCGCUCUGAUAGCCCGGAGAUCUGCCACUACGAGAAGAGUUUUCACAAGCACUCAGCUGCCCCCAACUACACUCACUGCGGCCUCUUUGGGGACCCGCACCUCAGGACUUUCACAGACCACUUCCAGACGUGCAAGGUGCAAGGCGCCUGGCCACUCAUCGACAAUAAUUACCUGAACGUGCAAGUCACCAACACGCCUGUGCUGCCGGGCUCUGCCGCCACCGCCACCAGCAAGCUCACUAUCAUCUUCAAGAACUUCCCAGAGUGUGUGGACCAGAAAGUCUACCAAGCUGAGAUGGAUGAGCUCCCGUCUGCCUUUGCGGAUGGCUCCAAGAAUGGCGGAGAUAAACACGGGGCCAACAGCCUGAAGAUCACCGAGAAAGUGUCAGGUCAGCAUGUGGAGAUCCAGGCCAAGUACAUCGGCACCACCAUUGUGGUCCGCCAGGUGGGCCGCUACCUGACCUUUGCUGUCAGAAUGCCCGAGGAGGUGGUCAACGCUGUGGAGGACCGGGACAGCCAAGGCCUCUACCUCUGCCUGCGGGGCUGCCCGCUCAACCAGCAGAUUGACUUCCAGGCUUUCCGGGCCAAUGCCGAAAGCCCUCGUAGGCCAGCGGCUGUCAGCCCCUCUCCUGUGGUCCCCGAGACAUUCCCGUAUGAGACCGCCGUGGCCAAGUGCAAGGAGAAGCUGCCUGUCGAAGACCUGUACUACCAGGCCUGUGUCUUUGACCUCCUCACAACCGGUGACGUGAACUUCACACUGGCUGCCUACUAUGCCUUGGAGGACGGCAAGAUGCUCCACUCCAACAAGGACAAACUCCACCUGUUUGAAAGGACUCGGGAACUGCCAGGUGCCGUGGCUGCAGCAUUCCCCUUGGCCCCCCAGGGGCUCCUUGGCACCCUCAUGCUUCUGGCCCUGUUGCCUGUGUUGUGGUAG